UUUUAUUUCAGAAAAUUUUAAUAAGAUCCAGUAGAUUUAUCUCUAUGAUAAGGUGAUAAUUUUCUUGUAACAAUUUUUUUUCGUGAAUGCAAAUAAAAGUGAAAGUUAUAAGCACAAAACAACAGUAACGGUGAACUUCUUUAUGAUUAUGUGAUAAUAAACAGCUGUAAUAAAGCAUUUAAAAUUCGAAAAUUAAAAGCUAAGAAACGAUUGUAAAAUAAUGGAAGAAGCAACGCGAUUUUCACCAAUUUAAAUCACUUUGAUAGCUACAAUUUAAGUGAUUUGUAUCCAUUCAUUUCGUUUAAAAGAAAAAUUAUGAGAUUAAACACACAAGUCAUGGCCAAAUUGAAACAAUUUUUGAAGCAAAAUUUCAUCUACAUUUGCCUCUCUGCAGCAUGUCUAUCACUGCUUCUUUAUCUUAUCGCAUUCUCCUGUGAAUUAUCGAAAAUUCUCGACACGAGACGAGCAGAGAAGGAAUAUAUAUCAGUGAUUCUUAGCAUCAUAUAUUUUAUAUUAUUUUUAUCAGCGACGGUUCUUAUUAAUGGUCUCGCAACUCGACUGUCUAUGGGACUUCUCAUAUGGUCAAUUAUUUUCUCAAUACUUACAAUUCCAGAAUUAUGGCUGAUCAUGAUGCAAUUUUGGGGUUCAGAGUACAAUCAGGGAUUGACUGAAGUCAUAACAUAUUUCAUAAGACUCAUAAUAAAUUGUGCAAUUUUAAUUCAUAUUCUACCAUUGGCCAUUAAAUGGCGUAGAGAGAAAAAAGUUUUGAAACAAUUGGAAUCAUUAGCAAGUCGACUUCAACUAACAUCUACACCGGCAACGUGUGACUUGGUAAACAAUGGAACGCUCCAAAGAGUGUCAACGUCGGGAAAGGAAAUAGAAAGUGACGCAGCUAAUGGUUGCAUUGAAAAGUACAUUGGGGGUAUAGAUAAUCGAAGUUACAUGCAGAGCUGCUAUGGUUCACAGAAUGAAUUUGACGCUAGUAUAUUCGGAAUGAAUCCGUCACAGUAUAUUGGACCUCCGAUCAAUACUCCAUUAGCGAAACGAACUCAAUCCCUUCUGGAUCUUCGAUUUGUGAAUUCAACAACAGCCAGAUCAGCAGAUACGCCUUCAAAACUCAAAGAUAAAUCCGAUAGUAUGAGCUUAAGCAGCUAUGAAAUGAGACUUCAAACAAAUCUCUCGAAAAAUGCUCGAAAGAAGGAUCUUAAAGGUUCGAGAGACAAACUACAAAAUCAGGCAGCUGAAACUCCACAUAGGAAAAGCCUUGGAAGGAAUUGUGUGUCGCUAGAGAAUGUUGGAAUAGUUUUAACUGAUGAUAUUUAUUCAACACAUAUUCAGGCUUAUAAUUCACCGAUGUAUCCUGCUUAUUUUUAUUACAACUACCCUCAUCAUCCAGCAUAUUUUAUGGCACCUCCAAAUAAUUAUUUUAUGAACCAAAAUAGCGCAUAUUUUAAUACAAGCACUAGUUUAGGAAAUCAGUCUCAGGAUGAUUUCAAGAAAUAUAGAGAUGUAGCACUAUAAACUUUAAUUUCUGGAAACACAGCCAAAUAAUACCAAAAUGUAAUCUUUUGUUUUUGUUUUCAUUGACAUUCGUGUAAAUACAUUUGUAUUUGUUAUAAACUGCAAAAUGAUCAAGAGAUCUUCUACCUUGAUAUUAAGUAGAAAUGAGGAAGUGUUAAGAAUAUUCUCAUGUUUUGUAAAUUCUAUGGAUUUUUUUAAGAUGUG